AUGAGAGAGCUUUCGCGCUUGAAGACGAGCAUGAACUAUCAAUGGCCGCCGAUUGGAGCUCCGAUGAAUCUCCGGCGAGAAGAGCCGUGUAAAUCUCGAUUCGACGACUCAGUUAACGCCGUCUCUUUUGGUUUCGUUGCUACAGCCAUUCUCAUCUCUAUGUUCCUUGUAAUGGCUAUCUUUGAGAGAAUGAUUCGAACCACUACUACAACAACUAACUCAGAUUCCUCUUCUGGUCGGGUCCUUUCCGGUAUGGAUUCUCGGGUCGGGUUUAAUGGCUCUGCAUCUAAGCUCGGUUAUCAAUCUCCCAAGGCAAGUCUUUUACUUUUUGAUUGA